UCCUCCUACUCGCCGAUUUUAAUCUCGUUAGCAGACACGUGCGCGCCCCCCGCGCCCUACGGUGCUGGUGAUACGCAGGCAGCCAGCCACGAGCGAACCGAGAGCUGGCCGUGUCGCCGGGGCUUCGCCAAUCUGGUUUGGUCUAACAGGAUUCUCGGCUCGCGCGACGCUUCAUAAAAGCUGCGCGCCGAACGGGCGCGGCGCGUAUCGCAAGGAGGAGUUGCUCCGCUAGUGAGGUGUGGGCGCUCGUGCAGCAGCAGCAGCAGCAGCAGUAGCAGCAGCAUCGGCCAACAGCGACGAUAAAGAUAGACAGAGAGAAAGUGUGUUCGUGAAAGACAGAGAGAGACGACGAGAGGUAUAUCGCGCGCAUCGCGGUAAACUCUCUCUCUCGGCGAUCCGACACGUCGUCGUCGUCGUCGUCAUCGUCGUCGUAUGCCGCGCUGGUCUCGUGGUGUCCUCGUGUCAAGUUUCCGUGCGACUCGGUGCGUCGGAGCAGCGGUAGCAGCGACGACAGCUUUUCGCGUGUGCCACUGGACGAGAGCGGGCGGGCAGAGGGCAGCGGGAGAGGCUCCGUCGCGCGAGCGAGAGCGAGAGCGAAACGGCGGGUGUGCGAGAGAGGGAGAGAGAGCGAGCAGCGUACUCGAGGGGAAGAGAGAAGAGGGAGACGGAGCGCCGGUGGGUUACCACACCCAACACCGCGCGAGCCGGGAGCCGAUCGCCGAACGUCGCCGCUACGCCGCUCUCUCGGGAGCUCUCUCUAGCCGCGCCGUAGCCGUGCGUGUGGUACUAGGCGGGCGAGACGACGCGCCAUCCGGCGUCAUCCGGGACUCCCGAGGACGAGCCGAGUCCAGGGCGAGGGAGUAUCCACCGCGCCGGGGCAUCUUCUCCGCGGCGAGAAGAAACGAUCGAGCCGAGAGGAAGUGUGCGAUAGAGGGGUGGUGAAGAAGCGCGCGGCGAGAGAGAGAGAGAGAGAGCGCGAGAAGGAGAGAGACGGACGGACGGACAGACGGACCUCGCCCUCCGCGGUUACGGGACGUCGCGCCCGUGGGAAAGUCGAAACGUGCGCGGUGCUCUACAUGUGUAUUACGUGCGGGUGUGCGUGAGUAAUCGCGAGAGAGACGGAGAUAACACCCAGAGACAUAUAUAAGCGAGGAGAUCGCGCGCCUCGCCGAACUCGCACUCGGGACGAAACGUGCGUGCGCGCGAGUGCGAGCGGGACGAAGCGAUACGAGGCGUGACGGGCGAGAGGACGAGAGAGAGAGAGAGAGAGAGGGAGGAAGAAAUACAGCGGCGGAGCGGCCGCGCGAGCGAGCAGUAGAAGACAAGACGACGGACAGGCGGCGCGAGGGGCUCGUGUGCGUGCGCGUAGACGCGCGUUGAUGCGUCGCUGGCGUCGUCGAGCCCCGCCAGGAGCAGCGGCGCUGACGCUGCGUAGACGCCGCCGUCGUUGAGGGGGAAACACGGGUGCGUCGCCGGGGACGUUUCCCCGUCGUCGCCGUCUUCGCCGCCGUCGCCGUCGUCGUCGCCGUCGUCGUCGUCGUCGUCGUGGUGACCGUCGUGCCGGUGAUAGUGCUGGUGGUAUCGAUAGUGCUGGUGAUAGUGGUGGUGGUGAGUCGGGAGUAAGUGAAACGCCGUCGUCGUCGACGACGUGACCACCGGUGGUGAUAGUGGUAGCGGAGGCGUCGAUAGGACCUCUGCUACUAGUAACGAUAGGAGGGAGUCAAGAGUGAGAGAGAGAGAGAGAGCGAGAGACACCGUCAGAAGGAGAGAGAGGGAGAAGAAGACGGGGACCACGAGGACGACGACGAGACGUCGUCGUCGUCGUCGCUCGUUCGCCGUCGUUGCGGUGACGAGAUAAUACCCGUCUCCCGUCCACCGAGACGAUCUACUUGAAUUUGGAAUCACGUUCGUCGUAAGAGAGAGAGAGAGAGACGGACAGACGGGCAGACAGAUAGGAGCAGUAGCCGCAACGAAGGUCGCCGCCGGUCGGCGAGCAACGCUUUCUGUCACCGCGAAUCGCUCGUGCACGCUCCUCUCUCCCUUCCUUCCUCCACCUCCUCCUCUUCCUCCUCCUCCUGUUUCUCGUCCACGAGAACCAUCCCGGUACUCGUGCCUCUUGGUCGCGCCUCUGCUCUUCUCCGCCACCGCCUCCUCCUCCUUCUUGGCCGGCACCACCUCCUCCGUCAAAGGAGGAUUCCGCUGUCCUGAGCCAUGGCGUGCUGCCUGUCGGAAGAGGCGAAGGAACAGAAACGCAUCAACCAGGAGAUCGAGCGGCAAUUGCGGAGGGACAAGCGGGAUGCCAGGCGGGAGCUCAAGCUGUUGCUACUCGGAACCGGCGAGUCGGGCAAGUCUACGUUCAUUAAGCAGAUGAGGAUCAUCCACGGCUCCGGCUACUCGGACGAGGACAAGAGAGGGUUCAUCAAACUUGUGUACCAAAACAUUUUCAUGGCGAUGCAGUCUAUGAUCCGGGCGAUGGACCUCCUGAAGAUUCAGUACGGCGACUCCUCGAAUAUAGAAAAAGCGGAACUCGUGCGAAGCGUGGACUUCGAAACGGUAACGACGUUCGAGAGCCCAUACGUAGAGGCAAUUAAGGACCUGUGGGCGGACGCCGGUAUACAAGAGUGUUACGAUCGCAGACGGGAAUACCAGCUCACGGACUCAGCCAAGUAUUACCUAAUGGAGAUAGAUCGAGUCGCGGCACCAAACUACCUCCCUACAGAACAGGACAUUCUUCGUGUGAGAGUGCCCACCACCGGUAUAAUUGAAUAUCCCUUUGACUUGGAAGAGAUCCGAUUUAGUUAUCUUAGUGAUCUAGACCGUAUCGAAAAGCCUGAUUUCCUUCCGACCGAGCAAGACAUCCUCCGGGCACGAGCUCCUACCACCGGCAUUAUAGAAUAUCCGUUUGAUCUGGACUCCAUCAUAUUUAGGAUGGUAGACGUCGGUGGUCAGAGGUCGGAAAGAAGAAAGUGGAUCCACUGUUUCGAAAAUGUCACUUCAAUUAUAUUUUUAGUAGCUCUAAGUGAAUAUGAUCAAAUUCUAUUUGAAUCGGAAAACGAGAAUCGAAUGGAGGAAAGUAAAGCACUCUUCAAAACGAUUAUAACAUAUCCCUGGUUUCAACACUCUUCUGUUAUUCUAUUUCUCAACAAGAAAGAUCUAUUAGAGGAAAAAAUCAUGUACUCUCAUCUCGUCGAUUACUUUCCAGAAUAUGAUGGUCCGCAGAGAGACGCCAUAGCUGCUAGAGAAUUCAUUCUGAGGAUGUUUGUUGAGUUGAACCCGGACAGUGAGAAGAUUAUUUAUUCCCACUUUACGUGUGCCACAGAUACGGAAAACAUCAAGCUUGUGUUCUGCGCUGUUAAGGAUACGAUCAUGCAAACCGCGCUUAAGGAGUUUAAUCUUGCUUAAUGCGAUCAUAUGGACUGUAUAGAUAUUAUCAGAUGUGUGCGUAGACUUCUGACGAUGCCAUUGAUAUUUGAACGUCGAUAGUGACGUAGAUCUAUGCCACAUGAAUCUGACAGAAUUAACCGAGUAACUCGACUAGUGAAUACUGAAAGUAAUUAAAUAGCUAUUGCUUGGCAGAUAUUAUUGCAAGAAACGAGUCGAGAUGCGAGUCAUUUUUUAAAUAUUUCUCUAUGCUAGUCUCUAAAAAAAUUAAUCCGUGUGGCUUAGCUCUGUGUCGUUCUCGGCGAUUCAUCUUAAACAUUAAAAUGCCGUGCGAAUACCUAAUGACUGGUUUACCUUCUAAAAAUGACUGCCAGUUUUAUCGUUGACGACAACACAUUACAACGUUAAGUAAAAGAUAUAUUAAUAGGAUCUUGUAAUCCUUAAAUAAAAUGAACAUUGCAAUUGAUGUUCGUUCUAAUAAUUACUAUAGUAUUGCUCUAUUUCUUGCAACAUUGCAUUGCUUGAUAUGCCUUUAUAACAAGGUUUCUUUUCGAUUAUGUUUUUAUUGUAUUU